CACGGCCAAAUCUCAGUGACUGCAUCCCGAGACUAGACGGAAGUACCAGUCCUUUGUCCGACCGUGACAAUGGCAUCGCACGCAGCGCCUUCCGCUGGGCAGAGGGCGAACCAUGAUAUGCUUCUGGAGAUCGCACACUACCUCCCGAAGCCAAAUCUUGCCACGAUGGCCCUCACAUGCCACACAUGGCUCCCGGCCGCGCGUGAAGGGCUUUAUCGCCGUACCUACUUCGACAUCCACGACCGGAGGGUGUUCAGCCUCGAGCGGACUCUGCACAGCUGCGCACAUCUGCGCGCCCUCGUGCGGCACCUCCGGUUCCACCGCGGUACCGUCGAGCCGAUAUACUACCCCACGCUCAGCUGCCUCGGGUUCUUCCCGGCGGGGAGUCUGCAGUCUGUCACCUUUGAGUCCUACACCGACCCCUCGCUGUAUCGCAGUGCGAUGCGGCACAUCGCGACGCGGACGGCGCCCCAGAUCGUGGUCCGGUCGUCGAACCUGGUGUACGGCCCGCAGAUCGACGAGAUCCUCGGCUUCCCCACGCUGCGAGACCUGUCUUUGGACGUGGGGUCGUCGCCGGGGCUGAUCUUGUACAACGGCACCGUGAAGCUGAGGCGGCUCAGCCUCUCGGCCGACGGCACCCUGCCGUUCGAGCUGCUGGUGCACUUCCUGGACGUCCUGGACCCGUCCAGUCCUCUCGAGCGGUUCGACCUCGAGACCACGACCUUGCGUGCCGAAGACGUCUCAAUCCUCAAGGCAGCGAUGGAGCGCCACUGCCCGUCGGUCAAGCACCUCUCCAUCACCUCUCGGCGGCGCGUGUCGUUGGAGCCGUUCAUGGACGAGCUCGUUUUGUCCUUGCGCAACCUGCGGACCUUGCAUUGUGGCUAUGGUACCUACACGCCCGACAUCCUCUCGCGGCUCCCUCCCACACUCGAGGCGCUCACCCUUGUUUGGGGCAUCGACGGCAUCGCGUUCGUCUCUUGGCCGCUCGGCAUGGACAUCUUCAAGGAGCCCGCGCCCGCGCCCGGGAACGUGCCGUUCCCCUGCGACGCGUUCGCGCAGGCCGUCGCGGCGCCGUCUAGGACGUGUCGGAGCCUCCAGCACUUGGCUGUCGCGCGGCCCAGGCUGGUGCGGCAGGACCUGGUGCGGCUCGCGGAGGCGUGCAGGUCUGCGGGGAUCGUGUUCAGCGUGCGGUCUAUGGACGAUUCUGCGUUGGACGUUCUCGAAUAGGAUUGGCAGCUUCCUCCGAGUCACCAGGAGUCGGUUGCGCCGUUUCAUUUCCGCCCGCCCAACCCCGAAUCGCGGACAAUUGAACAGGGUAGCGCUUGCGUGCGGCGUUGCGAUCACGGACAGGGUUAGCGCCAACAGGCUGUGUUGUCGGAGGCGCCGAUCUAACAGGUUAUCUACUGAUUAGAUAAGGGCUACUGUGUCAUUCCGUCCUAAAAGAUCUUGGAGAUCGGCCAGGUGGCCAACGAUAUAUGACAGGGUUUUGCAGCGAACGAGAGCGAGAGAAAGUGCGCUGCGUGCAAGCUGUUCGAGUGUGUGGACACUGGGCAGGAGACUUGCCGCGGGGCAGCGGAAGAGUCACGGCGUCCAACUGCGGCUCCGAGACAGGCGGGACACUGUGACUCUUUGGCGUCUGUCGACGCUUCGAUCGACACCGCCGCGUUGCUUCAUGUUGCUGCGUGCAGGGGCGGCUCCUGAAUAGAGUCUGGCUUGGAUCGUCCGAGCGUUCGCAGCACCACCCUCUAACACAAACGCCGCCCGUGCCCGCGGAACUAAAACCCGACGUGCCCAGUGCGCUCAGCUCUGCGCUUUGUCAUGACCGUGGCGGUCCCUGGCUCCCAUUCAGUUCGACUCACUUUGCCCUAGUCUAUAGCCUUAUACACGCCAUACCUCCUCUUUCCACGUCCAGUCCUAGUCCUUCUCCUCAACCACCACCACCAUGACUGCGACGCCCGUUGCGUACGUCAGCGAAAUACCUUCUUCUCCCCCGCCUCCCGCGUACUCUCCGCCGGACGCGUCGCCUCCGUAUGCGUCGGAGCCCUCCGAGGACGAGGAACGGCUUGACUUCGUCGCGCGCGCGAUCCACCACACACCUCGUAGCGUGUACGUGAAGAAAGCACGUCGCGUAUGCGUCGUCCUCAAGAAUCAGGAAAACGGUCUCGCCACGCCCGUCUACGCCAGGCAUAGUCUGGUUGCUGGUGAAGUUCUCCUCGAAGACCGGGACGUCUGCUCUGUCUCUAUCAAGCUCGAAGGCAGACAGACGAUGGCUCUUGCGGAAGGCCGCAGCAGUUCUCGUGUCCUGUUCACGACCGAGUUUACUCUGUGGCAGAAGGGCGAGCAGGCACAGUCUCCCCGUGCCAUUCCAUUCGCCGUUCCUUUUCCUCCGACAUACACCACCAAAUCUGGCGAGUUCUCAAUGCCGCCUUCUUUCGAGACCCGCCUCACCGGCGCGCCUGGUCUGCGGGCGCAAAUUCUCUACUCCCUCACCAUACGGCUGACACGACCCCCGCUGUCACUUUGGAAGCGACACACCAAAAUUGUGAUACCCGUCAAAUACCAGCCACGUUCGCGGCCCUAUCUCCCCAUUUCACCCGGCCUCUACCCGUUCCUGUCCACCGUGAAGACUGCGCCUGAAGAAUGGCGCCAGAUUAGUUCCACCGUUCCGUCCUGCGACGACAGCGUGGAUCCGAUCGAGUGUCAUCUGUUUGUUCCGUCGGUGCAGAUUUACGGCCUCACGGACACGAUACCCUUUCAUCUCCAAAUUAACGGUCCAGCAAAGUCCCUCUCCUUCCUCCUCGGCCUCUCGAUGCCUCGACCAGCCUCCAAAUCUCCGAAUCGGCGGAAAUGGUCGCGCAACCCGUCCUCAUUCAAGUCCCCCUACCCGUCCACAGAGCUCUCGAUGACCGUCUCGCGGGCGUACCCGGAGCAGGCCGGAGGGCCGACGCCGACAAAGGUCCUCGACACCUGCGCGCAGUCCCCGUGGUCCGUGCAGCACCCGUACCUGUUCGUCGGCGGCGCCCCGGAAGACCUCGCGCCUCUGCGCCCCGCGCGCGCGGCGCAGGAGCGCAACGAGUUCGUGCUCCGCGUGUACCUCCUCCGCCAAGUCUCGGCGCGCGUCAACGGGCUGAAGGCGUGGCGGAACGCGGUCAUCGGCGAGGGCGCGGUCUGGCCUGUGGGAGGCCCGCCGGACAUCGAUUGUGACGGUGGGGACGGUGCGGCGUGGAGUGCACUCGACUGGGCGGGCGAGCUGCGCGUCGACAAGGACGUCGAGACGCAGUCGUUUGCUGUGGGUGACCUGAGUGUCAAGGACUUUAUCGUCGUGCACCUGUCCCCGCCGCAUUCCGACAGUUCACCCUUCCUCGAAAUGCAGUUGUCACACCCUAUUAGACUCGUGACCGACACUUAUCGUGACAAUCCGGACACCGCCGCGCGGUGAAGCUGCCUCGGGCGCUAGUAGCGACUUGGGUGUCGACUUUCACUUAACUUAUCAAGAAUCACCAUAAUCACGGCCAUCGGAUGACACUAUUUUGCACGCGCGUAGAACACUCGCGUCUUCUCAAAACGCUAUCGUAGCGGGGAAUAAUCAAUCCUAUCGCACGUAUAAUCUGUCGCAUUGGAUACAGGGGAGCUUGUAAAUGGUUUUUGGACUACGAAGUAUUUAGAGGGUACAAAGCAUGUUUCAACACAAGAUUUAUUUAUUUACAGCUAUACUUCAAUAUCAUGCCACUAGUCAGCUCGCUAUCGCGAGAGUGAGCGAUGUCACGGAGAGUUAUUGUGAUCAGCCUGUCGGGCGCUAGUGAUACAAACGAAUUAGGUAGGCAAGGCCUUGGGAUCCUAACAUGUUCAAACAAAUAACUUAUCCCCGAGCUUUGCCAGUGCG